AUUUAUUUUUUAGUUACGGUGGUACUAUGCCAAGUGUCUAAAUUGUACUUGCUCACAUUUGCACUGUUUUAACAUGCAAUGUGCCCCCUAGUUUCACGUGAACUACGUACGAAGACCAAUAUCCUAGUGUUGAUUUUUAAUGUAACGUUACAAAUUAAGGCACGCCCCGUGAUGAAGCGGCGAUUUCAGGCUUGUUGCCACAUGGCUAUGACUGGGAUGAAGCGUUGUGGUUGUAAGUUUUUGGCAAAGGCGUCCACCUGUUCAAAGAGCUCCAAACUAAGAUCGUGAACGUAUGAAACCUGAGAUAACGAGGGCCUGUUGGCCCCUAAUGGAUGUGUGAGACAGACAAUCUUCUACAAGUCAAUCUUCCAUAAUUCUAAACGUCACCCAUAACCUGGCAUGAUGGAGGCACUGGGGACUAAGCACUUCUCUUUAGUAGAUUUUAUUGUGUUCGGGAUGCUACUGGCGAUCUCUGUGGCCAUUGGCUUGUACCAUGCUCUCUCUGGGGGGCGCCAACGUACCACUCAAGAGUUUCUGAUGGCAGACCGAAGCAUGAGCAGCCUGCCGCUUGCCUUGUCGCUCAUGGCAACCUUCCAAUCAGCCGUGGCCAUUGUAGGAACGCCUGCUGAGAUCUUCAAUAAUGGCACCCAGUACUGGUUCAUUGGCUGUGCCUACAUACCGGGCCUGCUCAUCCCAGCUCGCAUCUUCAUCCCUGUCUUCUACCGCCUCCACCUAAACAGUGUCUAUCAGUAUCUUGAGCUUCGCUUCAGUAAGACGGUACGGAUCUGUGGCACAGUCACCUUCAUCUUUCAGAUGGUAAUAUAUAUGGGCGUGGGUAUCUACACGCCUGCUCUUGCUCUUAAUGCUGUCACUGGAUUUCACCUUUGGGGAGCCGUGCUGGCGACUGGACUGGUCUGCACUGUCUACACAACACUGGGAGGACUGAAGGCAGUGAUCUGGGCAGACGUGUUCCAGACUCUAGUGAUGUUUGCAGGGCAGUUCGCUGUCAUUGCUGUAGGAAUACAUCAGGCUGGGGGUCCGGCUGAGGUCUGGAGGAAGGCCAGGGAUGGUGGCCGCAUCUCAGGAAUUGAUUUGAAUCCAGACCCCACCCAAAGACAUACGUUCUGGACGCUGGCGGUCGGGGGGGUGUUCCUGAUGCUGGCCCUGUAUGGUGUGAACCAGGCACAGGUGCAGCGCUACCUCAGUUCACGCACCGAGAAGGAGGCCAUUAUGUCCUGCUACCUGGUGUUCCCCUGUCUACAGCUGUCUCUGGCACUAAGUUGUAUGAUCGGUCUGGUUAUGUUUGCCUGCUACAAGGAAGACAAUCCCUUACAGAAAAAGGUUAUCUCCUCCCGAGACCAGAUGGUGCUUUACUUUGUGAUGGAUAUGCUGCAGGACUUUCCUGGCUUGCCGGGUCUAUUUGUGGCAUGUUUGUUUAGUGCAUCCUUGAGCACCAUAUCUUCUGCCUUCAACUCCCUAGCAACAGUGACCAUGGAGGACCUGAUCAAACCCAAUUUCCCAAUGGAAGAGUCCAAGGCAACUCUGAUCUCCAAGCUGCUCGCACUCGUAUAUGGGUUAUUGUGUCUUGCCAUGGCAUACGUUGUCCACAUAUUGCACAGCUCUGUUCUGGAGGCUGCACUCAGUAUCUUUGGGAUGGUGGGAGGUCCGCUGCUGGGUGUGUUCUGUCUGGGCCUCUUCUUCUCCUCAGCCAACAGCACAGGUGCCGUCACAGGUCUUGUGGUCGGUCUGGCUGUGGCCCUCUGGAUUGGCAUCGGGAGUUUUGUGGCCAGAAAUUCAACCAUCGUGCUGGAGACCAACAGCACAGAAAUGCUGGAUCUAGGGAAUAUAACCAUGGGGCCAGUGACUGCUGUCGUAGAGACAAUCGCACAGAAAUCAAGCAUUCUCCAAGCACUUUACUCCCUGUCAUACAUGUGGUACAGUGCUCUAAAUUCCACCGUAGUGGUCAUCACAGGGCUCCUAGUCAGCUACAUGACAGGUCCUAUGGCUGAGGGGGAUGUGACCCCAGGCACACUGUAUCCAGUCUGGGGCAACAUCCGCAGGCUUUUCAAGCUGCGAGGCUGCUAUGUGCCUCCUGCACAGCACAGUACGUCAGCCCAACAAUGGCCCAUAAUACAAGACAAAGAGCUCAAUGGUGCUGUUACCAAGACGACCGCGGAAGAGGAGGAGGAGGAGGAGCAGCAGUCAUUUCUCCCUGUCACUGGCAAAGUGUUGGUGGAGCAUGAGUCAUCUGUGUGAAGCUAAACCAAGGCCACUCUGCCUCAGAGGAAUGGUCAUCAGUGGAACAUCUCACCCCCCACCCCAAAGAUUAACAGGUCAUCAUGGACAUCCUGCAUGCUGGAUAAAAAGUCUCACAUGAAACUUUUUUUUUUUUUUUACAAAAGUAUUAUAAGAGCCUAUGAUAAAAAUGACCAAAUCUUUGAAACGGCCUUCCAUUUAAAAAAAAAAAAACAAAAAGGAGAUGGUGGGCCAUGGAGAGAAGAUAGCAUGAUGACUCACUAGGUUUGGGAAAGCGGAGUCAAGUCAAUCAGGAGAAUCAACCCAUGAAACCAUUGAAUCAUUUGUGUUGUCUUACUAACCCUAGCUAAUGGAUAGGCUGGCUCAAACACAGAGAAGAACUGCCAAGUGAAUGUCAUUGUCAGAAUGUCAGUAUGCAUACUUAACUGAAUGUCAUUUAUGUGCCAACUCUCACACACACACACGCACAAGCAUACGCACAAGCAUAAACAGAUGGACGCGACAAGGAAGCAGGAAACGUCCUCAGUCUCAAAACUGCUUUCAUGUAGAGAAUACACUGUAUUACAUCACAUCUGAAGACCAAAGUUGAUCAAUUCAUGCUAUAGCCAUGUCUGGAUCAGAUUGAUUGCCAUGGUGAAGCUCUCGAGCCUUUGAUGUACUUUUGAUGAAAUUUGAAGUUAACUUAUGUGAUGUAUGUUUCUUUUUCUUGACUCUAAACCUUGAAGUUUCUUUCAUUUGAAAACGGUAGAUAUUUGUUAACCAUGAUGUUCAAUUUGAAAUAAAUCAGCACUUUAUAUUGAAGAGUUUACAAGAA